AUGCCUUCCGAAGGAGAUACUUUCCUUCCUCGGAUUCAGUCCGUUUUUUAUGCAGUAUUUGACGACCAGCAAGGCCCCAAGAUCGUCUUUCAAGUGCCUGAAGGUCUUAUAGGCGUGUCAACAACAGGGCCAACAUAUGGAACAACACCAGUUUCUUCUUCGCCAACUGUGAAUGAGAGCGAUGUACCUCUUUCAAGACGUUCCAGUUCUUCGCUGAUAUCACUUGCCGGACAACGUCCAAACUCGCGGAGUCUAUCAUCGCCUCAACAUCGAUCUACUUCUUCCAAUCGAUGCCUCUUCAAUUUCGACGACAUAUCCAAAUAUGUCAUCCCUCGGAGUGACUUCUGCGGCAGACUUAUUAUCUGUUCCACGAGCAACCAUCGAAUCAUUGGCUUUCCAGUCGCUCUUAGAGGAAGAAACUAUCAACGAAAUUAUUUUCGUUAUAACCUUUGCUUUGUGUUCGAGCGGUCAGCAGAUCUUAGUUGCUAUGAGCCCGUCGUUCGUAAGGUCAGCCGUGUCUUAACAGCAUGCGAGGAAGAGUCCUUGUUUCUCUCUUCCCAACAGGCGCCACAUGCGCUGUAUGCUAUCCUGGAACAGUUAUAUGAGGACCUCAAUUCAUACUCAGAAACCUCAAUACCUAUAGACAAAUUCAACUCCAUCGAGCUGAAGAUUUUCCCUUUUUAUCCUAACCCUCCUCCUGUGAAAGAUUGGACAGUCCCUUUGGCACUGAUAAAUAUUUCUAAAAGAACGGAGGAAAACUGGGACCUGACUGUUCUGAAGGUCAUCAAAUUCAUUGACGGCGUUAACCAUGUGAGCAGGAUAGCUCAGCUUGCUGACUGCGACCUAGAGCUUACCCGACAAGCUAUUUCUCAUCUCCUGUAUUAUCAGGUUAUAAUGAUCAUCGACAUUUUCCAAUAUUCAAAUAUGUAUACUCUACGAAAGAACGUGCAAUGGCUCGCCGACGAAGCUCAUGUAAAAGAGGAAUGUGGUCCCUAUGUAACCAAACCAGGAAGACCAAUACCUGAUUGGCCAAAACUAUUGCACCUAUACUCGAGACUAAAACCUGGAAAAACGAUCUACGAAUGGAUGGACGCGUACAAGGUUCAUGAACUAGGAAUAGAUGUAAGGCGUUUCGCAAGUUUUGGUGUCAUCAAGGGAUUUUUACGGCGGGUACAUCGCUGGCCAGUUUUACUUCCCGUGGAAGCGGGGGCAGGGGCGGAAGUAUCACCGACUCGCAGGCGAAGGCAAAGUUUCUCAUCGUCAGCUAUGAUACAAGGCAAGAUCGCUUCAUCACCAGAAGAUACUCGGCGUUCAAGAGGUCAAGUACCUGAAAUAUCUGUCACUCCUAUGGGCUCGCAGACUGGGCUCAGUUCUCCACCAAAUACAAAGGACAAUAUGUUGGCUACUCAAGCAGUGCGCCGAACAAGCGCUGCCGAAACAGUCCUUGAACAACUACGGUUCAAGGCUCUUCAAAGGUCUGACUCCAGCUCGCCACUGCGCACGAGCGAAGAAAGUCAAGAAGGUCGCCUUCAGAACGGACAUCCCAUGCGCAGGCAUUCAAUAAAGCAGCAAGGUCCACCGUCCAAUCUUCCAGGUACAAUCAAUCGCAGCAACUCUUCGAAUGGCCAGGGCACGAUUAACGGCAAUCCAUCACCUCUCCCGUCCCGCCCCCGGCUAUCAAGGUCGCCUUCAGCUCCCCUUAUACCCCAAGUGCAGAGCAUAGGUACACAGCUGCCUUCGCCUGUUCCUGCUGUUCCUUAUCCCCCAGAAUUUUUGCCUUUACUCGAUGGAGAACAUCAUACUGACGAAUUGUCGACUCUUUUUGAGGCCGGAUGGCCAAAGUUGCAGCAAUGGCUAGUUGCUGCCGGAGGCGGGAAGGGAGAUGGCGAUUUUGGUAGGGUGUUGAUCAUUUAUCGAUAA